AUGAUUAUCGAACACCGUGGAUACCAGAAACAGCUUUGGGGAUGGCUCAGCUACGCGUUUGCGAGUGAAGUUUUUGUCAUAGUUUCCCUUACCCUUUUCCUACCAAUUUGCCUCGAGCAAUUUGCGCGCGACAACGGAUACCAGCUACCUGACAUGACGGAACAGUGUUUGGAAUCGACAAGAUGCGUUGUGCGAAUAGGCUGGAUGUGGGUCGAUACUGCGAGCUUUAGCCUGUAUGUGAACUCAAUCUCGGUCGCGCUGCAGGCGUUGACAGUAAUCUCCAUGGGCGGCAUUGCUGAUCAUCCCCCUCAUCGCAAACGGCUGCUUCUCUCGUUCGCUUUCAUUGGCGCGACGUCUGCUAUCCUGUUCCUCCUUCUCCCUUCGUCUUCUUCCCUGUGGCUGCUGGCGGCACCCCUUGCUAUGCUGGCCAAUGUCGGCUUUGGCGCCUCGGUAGUUGCUAUGAACGCGUACCUGCCUACCCUUGCCAGGGAAUCGCCUGAAGUUCAAGCAAAGCUACACGACAAUGAUGACGAAGCCCCCUUGCUACCAUCUGACGACCAACCGAACAGAAGCCGUACGUACGACGAGGAGCUUUCGCGAGCAACAGCGCGUAUAUCUUCCUUCGGAAUAGCUCUGGGCUACGCUGCAGGGAUCACACUGCUCGUCGUUGCACUCUUCCCUGUCACCAAGCUCCGCGGGUCGACGUUCUCUCUUCGGCUGUCUAUCGGUCUCAGCGGGAUCUGGUGGGCAUUGUUUUCGAUUCCAGCUGCGCUCUGGCUGCCUGGUGCUACCGGCGUCGAGCAGCCAUGGAGUGCACGCUCUGAGAUCGCUGCAUCAUGGAAACGGCUCGGCGGCAUGCUGCACCCGCGCGAAAUACAACGACUGAAAAAUACAUUCAAGUAUCUGGGCGCGUGGUUUCUCCUGUCGGACGGGUUCACGACGAUCACGUCGACGGCGAUCCUGUUCGGAAAGACGAGUCUGCACAUGCAGCCCAGCGCGCUGAUCGUCGUGGGUGCGCUUACGCCUGCGUGCGGGAUCGGCGGGUCGGUGGUGUGGCCGAUGCUGCAGCGCAGAUACGGGUGGUCGAACAAGCAGAUCCUGGUCGCAUUGGUGCUGCUGGUGUCGGCUGUCCCGGCGUACGGGUGCCUGGGCUUCCUGGGUGUGUUCGACGGCGAGAGAGUGCGGUUCGGGGGGCUGACGACGGUGGGCGAGAUGUUCGCGCUUGCGGUGUAUUUCGGGUUCGUGUACGGGGCAUUCCAGGGGUACGCGCGGGCGUUGUACGCGGAGUUGCUGCCUGCGGGCGAAGAAGCGCGGUGGUACGGGCUGUACUCGAUCACGGACAAAUCGAGUUCGUUUGUAGGACCGCUGGUUGUCGGGGUCAUAUCCGAUGCGACAGGCAACAUCCGAUACGCGUUCUUCUUUCUGGUCGUCAUGAUCUGGCUUGCGGUGCCGUUGCUGCUGAGCGUUGAUGUUGAGGAAGGACGGCGCGACGCUAGGAAGUAUAAAUAUGGGUCGUCUCAGAGCGUCGAUGACUCGACAUGA